AUGCAGAACAAUGCGCCUGCAAAGUCCAACUCUUUGGAAACAUCGGUUGGAUUGUCGAGCAAACGAAGUUCGGCGUGGACGGGCCCCAAUGCUGAGCGAUGCGUGGCACACUCCUCCAGAGUAGAGCACACGACGAUCCCAGGCUCAGGUGUAAACGAAGCCGCGGAACGUGUUGCAGUACGUGCAGUGCAAUACGAUGGCCACCUCAAGGACCUGGAUACCAAGCUUAGAGAAAGCCUCAGCAAUUUCAGGGCGAUAGAAGGGUCUGUAAAGGAUGCACUUGGGGAACUGCAUAAAACGCAACAGAGAGCAGAUAUUGUACUGGAAACUGAUACCCCAAGACUGAAGGAAGAGCUGGAAAAGUCACUCGUUAUGCUUCAGGAUUUGUCCUACAGGCUCCCUCGUAUCCGCUCACGGGUUGCCAACAUCCAGCAGGCCUAUGAUUCUGGCCGGAUGAAGGCUCAGCAGCUUGUUCAUGAUCUUAUGUGGCUAAACACCGAUUUCCAUGAACGGUGGCGAUUGAUCAUAUUCACGUCCUCUGCACCAGUGUCUUGGAGAUGGAAACUGACUAUGCGACUGCUUUUUGGCGUCGCCGUUGUUACGUUCUUGUGGAUUAUCUGGGCUGCUAUCGGUGGAGCAUACCGAGCUCACCGGCAAAGAUUACUAUGGGGCGAAAGGUUGAUGUCAUGA